AUGUCAUCCAAUAGUUUAAAUGAACUCAUUCAUAAUCUGCUCAUAUUCAUCUUAGAAUAUAAUUGGAUAUAUAAUUUUCAAUGGAUUGGUGAUUUAUGUAAGAUUAAUAAAGAUUCUUCUAAUUUAUGUAUAUCAUCUAUUAUUGAAAGUUUACCAACAUCUUGGAAAAAUGUAUUAAAGAGUGCGAGUCUUCAAGAAUUACAAAUGUUUGUUUUGGAUACUUCAAAUUUAUCCCAUUGGCCUAAUAGUCUUAUAAAUUUAUCUAUUCAAUGUCGUCAAUUCACAAGAUUAUUAUUUCAAUAUAUGAUAUUCAAAUCAAAUAAAAAAUUUCCUUGUUGUUAUUUCAAUUCUAAUAGUAUAUGUACAGAUUUAAUAAAAUGUAUACAAAUGAAUAAUAUAGAAAAGAAUUAUCUAUUAAAAUUAUCCAAAAAGAAAUCAUAUGAACUUAAACAAAUAUUGAUACUUAUUCAAACAAUCUUAUUAUCAGUUGUGAAUAGUACUACGACGACAACUGCCACGACGACGACGACGACGACGACGACUACGACUACUACUACUACUACUACUACUACGACGACGACGACAACGACAAGGACUACCACUAAUAGUAAUAAUAAUGAAUUUGUUAGUUCUUCACAAGAUAUAUUCCACUUUAAUGAAUUUCUACUGAAUAAUGAACAUAUUAGUGAUCAUUUUCAAAAUAUUCCUUUAAUCAGUAAUGAAUUGAUAGAAAAUAGUAUUAUGAAAGAUGGAAAUUCAAGCAUCCCACUUAAGAUUGUUGAUAUUGGUUCUGGAUUAGGCUAUUUAUCUAAUUAUAUUGGUUAUCAUCUAAUACUUAAGUAUGGGGAUUUAUUUACAGAACCUCAAAUUAUUGCAGUUGAAUGUGAUGAGGGUUUACAUCUUAAAGCUUUGACAAAUUUAAGUCAGUAUAAUUCAAUAUUUCAAGUGAAAUCUUUAACUUCAGUUGUGAAACGAUUACUAUUUCGUGUUGAAUCGACGAAUUUAGAUUUGUUACAAACAAGACUUUAUCAAUUCACUUCUGGUUAUAAUUACUUAUUACUUGGUUUACAUUGUUGUGGAGAUUUAAGUCAAUCUAUGAUUGAAUUAUUUCAUCAAGAUUGUUCAGCAAAAAUUCUACUAUUAGUCGGAUGUUGUUAUCAUAAAAUGACAGUGGAAAAGUUUCCUACGAGUGAUUACUUGCGUAAAGCGAUGUUAAAUUGUGAUAUGAACUUUAUUGAAAAAUGUAUUACACCAGCUACACUACGUUUAGCCUGUCAACAUUCACCUUUAACAUGGUUAAAUUGGACAGAAUUAGAUGCUAAUAAACAUCGUAUACGUGUAUUGGCUCGUAUAAUUUUAGAUUUGAUAUUGAUCAAGUAUAACAACUUGUCUAUGGUAUUUGAACGAUAUAAACGACUUGAUCCAGUGACACAAUGUGAUGCAAUAAAGAAAUUAUUAGCUAUUCAUUAUCAUGAAAAUGAUGCGAAUGAUAAUCCUCGAUCACUUCACUUCAAUGAUGUGUAUCCACAUAUUAUCAACUUUUGGCAAAAGUACUUAGCAGAUAUUCUAUGUUCCAAUCAGUCGACUAAUAGUGACUUAUGUUUCACGGAAUAUCGUGACUAUUUUGAACAGAUAUGGAAUCUGAUACCAGGUCUAUUAGCUUUACAGCAAUUAUUUCAACCAUUACUUGAGACAAUUGUACUGUUUGAUCGUUUAUGGUAUCUUAGAGAAUAUGGCAACGUAAAUGGAAAAUAUGAUCAAGUUGAUCCUUAUCAAUAUUCUGGUUAUAUACGUAUUUUUGACCCAGUUUUAUCACCACGUUGUAUGGCAUUGUUAGUGUGUAAAAAAUAG